AUGAGUGAAGAAGAUAAAACAACAACAACAACAAAAGAAGUAGAAGAGGAAAAGUCAAUCUUUUUUAAAGGUACAGCAAAUGAUGCAGUAAACUAUGCUAAACAAAAGAGUUUAUUGUUUAUUGUAGUGGUUCAUUCAGAUGACGAUGCUUCAAAAGAUGUUUUAAAUCUCUUGUCUACUGACCAAGAUUUAUUUAAAUCACUUGAACUUACUUCUGUUGUUUUAAAACUUGAUAUUGCUCAAGAAGAAUCAAACCUUUUACAACAAUUUUAUGCCGUUGAUAAAGUACCUACAUUAUUGUUUAUUGGGUUAAAUGGUGUUCUUCAUCAAAAGCUUGAAGGUACAUUGGAACAAGUCAUUGAUAAGAAUCUAAUGUUGGAAGCAAUUAAUAAUAAUAUUAAAAAACAACAACAACAAUUAAUGGCAAUUUAUCUACAAGCAUUUAGUGCAUCUCAAUCAAAUAAUCAAAAUAAUAAUAAUAAUCAAAUUAAUAAUAAUAAUAGAACAACUUCGCCAACUACUAAUAAUAAUAAUAAUAAUAAUAAUAAUAAUAUAUCCAAACCAACUACAACAACACCAACAACAAAUACAAAUGUAAAAAAACCAACAGAACCAAUUAAAACAGUUCCAAAAACUAGUACUACUUCUACUACUCCAGUUGUGAAAAAACCAACAGAACCAGUUAAAGUAGUUCCAAAAACUACCUCACCAAAGCCAACUCCUACUACAAAUAAGCUUCCAACAUCACCACCAGCACCAAUUACAUCUACAAUUAUUAAUUGUAAAUUAACAAAUGGAUUUGCAUUAAAAGAAACAUUUUCACCAAAUGAUAAAUUAAGUGAUCUUAAAAGAUUCAUUGACAAGCAUAGAAAUGAUGGAAAACAUGCAUAUUAUAUUAUGGUACCAUUCCCAAAACGUAUAUUUUUUGAUUCAGAUAUGGACUCUACACUUAGACAAUUGGAUUUAAUACCGUCUGCAACCAUUAUUCUUGUUUCGUUGGAUAGUAAUGUAAAACCAAAACCCGCACCAGUAUCUGAAACUGCUGCUCCAUCCUCCUCUUCUACGCCCAGUUAUACUGCUAGUACUGGAAAGGCAACCACAGAAGAAGAAGAAAAAGAAGGUGGAUACUUUUCAUCAAUCAAGAGUUAUGCAUCAAAAGUAUUUAGCCCAUUUUGGUAUCCAGCUCCAGGUGAAGUAACUGGUGAAAACAAAUCUUCCUCUUCUUCAUCAUCAUCAACUACAAGAAAUACUGGUAAUGUUCAUUCUUUGGGUAGCACUUCAACCACUUCUACUGGUGGAUCAUCAUCAACUAAAAAGAGUAAAAAGGAAAAGGAAGAUGAAGAAAAAUCUAGUCUAAAGAAAAGAGGUAAAAAAUCAUCUAUACAUCAAUUAAAUCAUGAUGAAGAAGAUAAAGCUCAAGAUGAUGGCAAAAAUAGUUAUUAUAAUGGUAAUUCAACACAAUUUAAAUAA